CAUACCGGCAUGGUCGCGGCGGAGCUCAACUGAACUGAGAAAGGAACGAAUCAGUUCAUGAGGUGAUUCGGUUCUGUACGUUCACUCAAAAGAUUCGUUCGUUCGAACGAAUCGUUCGCGAACGACACAACACUAGACUGCAGCAAAAACCGACGAAGAAGAAUGAGGCGGCUGACGAACGGAAAUUAGAGAAGACGGCAGACUGAGCAGUAAAGGAGAACAUAACGUUUUUUAUCUGGACGUAUUACUGUUCACGAAGAUAGAUUAUAUUGUUAAAGUAUGACAGAGCCUCAAUCAGCGCUGCUACUCAGGAGACAGCUCGCAGAGUUAAAUAAAAACCCAGUAGAAGGAUUCUCAGCGGGUCUGAUUGAGGAUAAUGAUCUUUACAGAUGGGAAGUACUGAUCAUCGGUCCACCAGACACACUUUAUGAAGGUGGUGUGUUUAAAGCUCAUCUGACAUUUCCCAAAGACUACCCUCUCAGGCCACCUAAAAUGAAAUUUAUCACAGAUAUUUGGCAUCCUAAUGUCGACAAGAAUGGAGAUGUAUGUAUUUCUAUUUUACACGAACCUGGGGAAGACAAGUACGGCUAUGAAAAACCAGAAGAGCGUUGGCUUCCCAUCCAUACGGUUGAAACGAUCAUGAUCAGUGUUAUCUCCAUGUUGGCAGACCCAAACGGUGACUCUCCUGCCAAUGUGGAUGCCGCUAAAGAGUGGCGGGAGGACAGGCACGGCGCGUUUAAAAGAAAAGUUGCCCGCUGUGUACGGAAAAGUCAAGAGACUGCGUUUGAGUGACUUUUAGCAAUAAUCUACAUUCCAUUUUCACAGUUCUUGGACUGAAAGUCGAUGUUUGCUGCACUCUUACACCAUGUUGCCAGCAUCUUCCUCUUAUUUUGGCAGGAAGACGUCGCCUGGCUCCUCUCGGCUGCACCAGAACAUUCAUGUGAUCACAGCUGACACAAGCAUGUGCCAACUGACACUGACAAACAUUACAAACAAGUCUAUGAACUGCUUCAACAUUCAGGAAGAUUUGUAAAUACAUCAUGUAAGUACUGUAGCACAUAUCCACUUCUGCUCAGACGUUUACAUAAUCAAUGGCACUACAUGAUUUGUUUCUAGGAUGCAAUGACAUAACUUUUCAAUGAUUUUAGAAACAAGAAUUGGGAACAAAAACACUUGAAAUUAUAACACUUAGGAAGUUUCCCCUUUUUGUAUCCACCAACAAGUUUCAGGCAUAAUAUGUAUGCUAUAUUUCAUCAUUCUUCAUUCAAAACUGCUUGCUUUUCCAGCACGAAUACGACUUCAUCUGAAACCUCGUCAACAAUCGAGUCCCUUGGUGUUUAAGUGGCGUUUAGGUUCAUUUUCAUCAAAACAAUUAGCACAUAGAAAUGAGGAGCUCAUUAGGGCAUUAUAGAAUGUUAAACUAAACCUUAUUUUUGAUCCAUAAGCAAUUUUGUUGUGUGUCCAUUUGGAGCCUCUAGAUCAGGGUCCCCAAGCUUUUUCCACCAAGAGCCGCAUAACUAAAAUUCAAAGUAAUGCAGAGGUCAUUUCGAUAGUCUUAUAAUUUUUUUUAUGCUUAAAGUAGACAUUACGUAUGCAGUGGUUCUUAAAUGUGUUUCACCAAGUACCACCUCAGAAAAAAAUGUGGCUCACCUAGUACCUCCAUUAGCAAUAUUCAAAACAAGGUAGAGGUUUUAUUUAACAAGUAUGUUUAAUAUUUUGACUUCUGUAACAUUACACACAAUUUGAACAGUAACACUGUAUUUGAGUAUAGUAAAAAUAAAACACUGUACUUCAAUAAGGUGAUUCUUUGGCACGUACCACAGUUUGAAAAUCACUGCAUUUGACACUUAGUGUCAGCAUUGUUAUAGGUGACAAAGUUUAUCAUUCUUAUCGUAUUUUCCGGACUAUAAGCUGCUACUUUUUUUCACCGCUUUGAAUCCUGCGGUUUAUAAAACGCCGCAGCUAAUUUAUGGAUUUUCUUUGCUUGCGGCCAUAAUGUUUUGUAUUCAACAAACAUGUUUCCAUAUUACACCGACAGAGACACUGAAUAGGUGUGUUAUUGUUUGUGCUAUGGCGCCAUCUUUUGGAUAGGUGCUGCGGGUUAAUAAUGUACUUCCUGUUUAGUGCCUUGAACUGGAAGUAUAACCGGCUAUAGCGUUUCUGCUCAAAAGGAUUCUUUGUUCAUCACUCCAAGCAACUUUUGUAUGUUUUACAAUACACUCAAAUGUAUAUAAUACGGCCCAAUAUAAUAUUAUAUUCUAUACGACGCAGUCCUGCCAUGGAUUUAGAAAUUGUCCCCUUUUUUAUAUCACGGCACGGUGGCUAGUAGACUGUGACUAGCUAACAAGCUAAAUCGGUUAUGUGUCUUAGCAGUCUCACUGUAGCUUGUAGGCCUUUAACGGCUGGUACAAACUGGGCUAAUUAGCUCAUUACGGCUAACGCUACUAAGGUUGUCCAUGACACCUAAACUUAUGAUGUUACUCAGCUCCAAAUGGUGGACACGUCCCUCUAGCAGGGAUAAUCUCUCCAUGAAAAGCGGGCUUCAGACCAGGGCGAGCUUAUUUCCCGUAGCUUUGCAGUUUGCUUUGUGAAAAUGAAGUGGUGAAACAAAGAGAGCAAGUGCUCUUGUAAAUUCAAAAAAACUACAAAAUGUGUUGCAGAACGGCUAAAGAAUGCUAUAAAGAAUUUAGAAGCACACAAAAGAGCACUUAGGUUUGACUAAAAAGCAGCACUAAUGAGCACAGCCGAACCAACGGCAGCAUGAACGGGCAACAGCGUGAACCAUUUUCUUUCUUUGCCAGAAUAAAACUAAUUAAAUAUGUUACUAAAUUAAAAUAACAAAAUAUCAACACAGUGAUAGAGCCCAUCCCAUUCGGUGACAUAGGAGCACAAUCCACAAUUCACGUCAACGUCUGGUUUGGGUACCAUGUCAUUGUCUUCUUUAAAAAAAAAAAGGUAGGAAACAAGAAUUUCUAUAUAACGCGAUCCGUGUAUUUUUUGGACCCAAUGACCGCAUUACAUGGGCCUUUGAGUGUAUAACUUAAACACAUCCAUCCAUCGUCUUCAGCUUAUCUGAAGUCAGGUCGCGGGAGCAGCAGCCUAAACAGAGAAGCCCAGAAUUCCCACUCCCCAGCCACUGUGUCCAGGUCCUCCCGGGGGAUCCUGAGGCUAUCCCAGGCCAGCUCGGAGACAUAGUCCCCCUCAACGUGUCCUGAGUCUUCCCCGUGGCUUUCUACCAGUCGGACAUGCCCUAUGAGAUGGUUCGGGCAUCCUGACCAGAUACUCAAACCCUCUCAUCUGGCUCCUCUAUGGAGAAGCAGCGUUUUUACUCUGAGCUCCUUCCAAAUGACAGAGCUUCUCACUCUAUCUCUUGAGGGAGAGCCUAGCCAGCCAGUAUCGGAGGAAACUCAUUCUGGCUGCUUGUACUCGUAUUCUUGUUCCUUUGGUCAUAACCCAAAACUCAUGACCGUAGGUGAGUUUAGGAACGUAGAUCAACCGGUAAAUUGUGAGCUUUGUUUUCCGGCUCAGCUCCUUCUUCCCCACGACGGACUGAUACAGGGUCCCCAUCACUGCAGACGCCACACCGAUCCACCUGGCGAUCUCACGAUCCACUCUUCCCUCACUUGUAAACAAGACUUUGAGGUACUUGAACUCCUCCACUUGGGGCAAGAUUUCCUCCCCAACCUGGAGAUGGCACGCCACCCUUUUCUGGGCGAGAACCUUGGACUCGGACUUGAAGGUGUUGAUUCUCAUCCUAAUUGUUUCACACUCAAACAAUUCAUACCUACAAAACCGUCCAUCGCAACGUGUUUUGUCUGUCGCAGUGUUUUCAUGCAUAUUUGUACAUGUUAUCGCAAUGUAAUCAAGCUACCUUUGUUAGCAUUAGCAAAUAUGCUAACACGAUUACAAAUGUCUGUUAGUAUUGUUAACUUACAAAGGCAUUCUUUUUUAAUUGUUUUAGUUUCAUAGAUUUGCCAAAACGUCACUAUGGAUUUAUUUAGUCUGUUUAGCUGAUAGGAGAGCUAGCUUUCACAGCUAGUGGGUCCUUGACUAUGACCUAGGUUUUGUUUGAUCAGCCCUUAUACUAUAAAGUGAACUGUAUUUAUAUAGCGCUUUUCUCUAGUGACUCAAAGUGCUUUGCAUAGUGAAACCCAAUAUCUAAGUUACAUUUAAACCAGUGUGGGUGGAACUGGGAGCAGUUGGGUAAAAUGUCUUACCCAAGGACACAACGGCAGUGACUAAGAUGGCGGAAGCGGGGAUCGAACCUGGAACCCUCAAGUUCCUGGUAUGGCCGCUAUACAAAUCAAUCUAUUCUGCCCCACUGCUGUGUUAUAGGUACCAUUUGGAAACAAUUAAGGUAUGUAAAUAAACUUUACAAAAUAUUUCAUACCUUUUACCUGCGGCGUAAACUCUGUUGCAGCUAAUAUAUGUACACAACCUAACGCAUAAAAAUGUAAGAAAAAAGAGCAAAAACACAAUGUGAUGAGAAAAAGAUGUACAUUUCAUACUAAUAAUAUUACAGUGUGUCACUUAUAACACAGAGCUGGCACAACGUUUUGAUACAAAAUGUCUGUUAGUAGAAUAAAAAAAAAAAUCAAAAUAUGCCAUGCAUACUUAAACUUUUCAAAUUGUGUAUUACAUUUUCAGCUUUUUUCUCAUUACAUAUCUUGUUGCUCUUUUUUCUUUCUUUCUUUUUUUACUUUAACAUUUUGCGGGCCAACAAAACUCAAGCUGCGGGCAACAAAUGGCCACCAUGCUCUAGAUCUUGAUUUGAGGUGAAGCUCAGUACUUCAACUCCUUGAAGCAGCACUGGCAACAAAACUUCUUCACAGCUUGACUGACAGUAGCAUACAAACUACUCCAUCUUGGUUUCUAAUGACUAUCAAACUUCCACAGUGUCCACGAGGACCUUUUAGUCGUGCUUGAAGGUUUUAAAGACAUACAAGUACAUUUAAUUCAGUCUGCGGUGCUUAAAAGUGCUGGUUCAACAGUUGCCACUUUAAGAUGUGAUGGAGUCUUAACAUUCUAACCUAUUUCCUUUCAUCUGAGUUAUACUUGCAGUAUGUAAAACUGUUCGAAGUGAUGACGUUUACAAAUGGAAUUAACAAACAUGGGUACAUGGAAUAAGCGGUAGAAAAUGGAUGGAUGGGAUGGGUACAUUACAGUUUUUCUUAUUUCUUCACUAACUUCCUUGCCUUUCACGUUCUUCUAAUGUGUCAAAUAAUUUUAUGCUGCCAAAGACAAACUACACUGCAUCGGGAAAGUAUUCAGAGCGCUUUCACUUUUCCACAUUUUUUUUCUUACAGCCUUUUUUCCCAAAAUGGAAUACAUUCAUUUUUGUUUUUUAAAUUAUACUGACAAUACCCCAUAAUGACAAUGUGAAAAUGUUUUUGUUUUUUUAAUUUGUAAAUGUAUUAAUAAUAAUAAUAAAAACAUCACCUAAACUGUACAGAAGUAUUCAUAGCUUUUGCUCAAUACUUUGUUGAUGCACCUUUGGCAGCAAUUAAAGCAGGGAUGUCAAACAUGCAGCCCGUGAAUCGGAUCAGACCCGCAAACAGGUUAAAUCCGGCCCGUGAGAGGAGUUUGCUAAGUGUAAAAAUUUGCUGCCUUUUUAAAUUAAAGAAACUGCUGUUCUAAAUGUGUUUUCUGGAUGUCGCAAUAUGAAUUAUGUUAGGCAAGCAAAUAGUAUGCCAAGCAAGAGGUAGAAGGUAAAGCAGGGCUACGACUACUUCCCCUCGACCCAACGUUAAAGAAACAGGAGUAAAAUAAAAUUGGUAACUCCACUUAAAAUGCUGCAUGAGACACUGCACAUUGAUAUAGUUCCAUGAAAAUUAUUGUCUUCUGUGCAAACUUAAAAGAAAGUGAACAGUGUGUGAUUGACUGCAAUGCUGUGAGUCUUUUCAUUUUUGGUUUGUUGACAUUGUUUGCACAUUGCACAGCUUUUAUUUUUCUAUCAAUUCACAGGAAUGCCUAUAAGGGAGGGAGUAACUAAACUCUCUUGAAUAGUUUCUACCUCCGUUUGUAUGGUUUGUUGAGUUAGCACAGGAUUAUGUGGAAAUUACAAAUGAUACAUAAAAAAGUUUGUAUCUAUGCUUUUUGUUUUUGUGCAAUCCUGGAUGGGCUGUGACUUAACAUUUAAUUGCUUUGUAGAUACACUGAGAUUAAGUCUGAGUUUAUUCUGUUUUUCAUGGUAUUUUUGAAGUGUUUUGUCAAGAGGAUUAUUUGUGAUAUGUACAUUUUCAGAUUGUGCUUGUUCUAUUUUGGGCCAAAGUAAAACAAAAAAGACAAUCUGAAGUUGUUGUAGUUGUAUGUUUAAACUAUUAUGCCAUGAUUUUACCCCGGCCCACAUGGAAAUAUUUUUUCCUCCGUGCGGCCCCUGAGCUAAAAUGGGUUUGACACUUCUGAAUCACAGCCUCAAGUAUUUUUUAAUACGAUUCCACAAUCUUUGCACACCUAUAUUUGGGCAAUUUCACCCAUUCCUCUUUGCAGCACCUCUCAAGCUCUAUCAGGUUGAAUGUGAACUGUGAAGCAUUGGUUUUCAACCAGGAUUAUUUGUACUUUGCUGCAUUUAUCUUGAUCUAGUCAAGGAGGUGACCAAGAACCCAAUGGUCACUCUGUUAGAGCCACAGCUUUCGUCUGUGGAGAGAGGAGAACCUUCCAGAAGGACAACCAUCUCUGCAGCAAACCACCAAUCAGGCGUGUAUGAUAUAGUGGCCAGACAGAAGCCAUUUCUUAUUAAAACGUUUGCUAAAAUGAGAAACACAAUUCUCUGGGCUGAUGAAGCAAAGAUUGAACUCUUUGUUGUGAAAGGCAGGCGCCAUGUUUGGAGGAAACCAGGCACCGCUAAUCACCAAGCCAAUAUCAUUCCUAGAGUGAGUCGUAGUGGUGGCAUACUGUGGGGAUGUUUUUCAGUGGCAGGAACUGGGAGACUAGUUAGGAUAGAGAAAAAGAUGAAUGCAGCAAUGUACAGGGACAUUCUGGAAUUCCGAUGCUUCCCAUUCCAACUGAUGGAGCUUGAGAGGUACUGCAAAGAGGAAUGGGUGAAAUUGCCUUAAGAUAGGUGGCAUUGUAUUCAAAAAGACUGUAUUCUCCGCGAAAGGUAGAUCAACAAAGUAUUGAGCAAAGGUUGUAAAUAUUUAUGUACAUGUUUUUUUUUUAUUACAUUUGCAAUGUGUUUAAAAACAACUUUUCACGUUGUCAUUAUGGGGUAUUGUCUGUAGAAUUUUGAGGACAAAAAUGAAUGUAUCCAUCCAUACAUCUAUUUUCUACCGCUUGUCCGUUUUGGGAUCUGCAUUAGGGUAGAAAUCGGAGUACACCCUGGACAAGUCGCCACCUCAUCACAGGGCCAACACAGAUAGACAACAUUCACACUCACAUUCACACAUUUAUUUCAUUUUAAAUUAAGGCUGUGGCAAAUGAAAAUGUGGAAAAAGUGAAGCGCUUAGAACGGACGCACCGCUGCAGUCAACCAGAAAUGUUUAGUGCUUGGGACUUUAGCACUACCUAUAAUAACAAUAAUAAUAUGGUGAAAUUAAUGUAUAUGUAUAUAUAUAUACAUAUAUAUAUACAUAUAAUGUAUAUGUAUAUAUAUAUACACAUAAACACAUUUAUGUCUAAUGUAUCAUUCUGACCACGUGUAGAAGAAAGAAACCCUAAAUCCUAAAUUCUUGUUUUUAAAAAAUUGUUUUAUUGCAUCCUAGAAAAAAAUAUUUCCCGAAAACAAUCUUCAAAAAGACCCUCGAGCCAUGAUACGUGAUUUGAGCAGAACUGUAUCUGCUGUGCGAUAAAUAAAUGCGUACAUGAGUAAUUAUUACAUUGUAGGGAUGUAACGAUAAACAGUAUGAGGCUAAACCGCGGUAAAACUUCUCACCAUUAGUAUUACCCUUUUAAAUCAAAAUUAUUUGAAAAACCAUGUCUGGUAACGCUUCUAAACUCACGGACUGGUGACACUGCUCAUUUACUGGAGAAGCAAGCUAGUUUCAAUAUGAAUAGAAGAGACAUUAACCUCUUUCCCCGUUAAACAGAAUUCCCCAUUCUAAAUAUAUAUAAACCCAUUACUGCCUGAGCCAUUAUAUUCAAUUGUGUGCAUUAAACCUACAGGCAGUGCCCACUUAUACAGAGAGCUUCAUCAAUACUAGAAGGAAUAUCAAAACAGGAAAUUAAUUUGCAUAACAUGCCAUAAACAAAACGUGACAUAUUUCUCCUGCCAAUAGAGUAUAUUGUAUGGCUAUUUAUUUAUUGUAUUUAAUUUUUUAAAUAAAACUUGAUUAUAAGUGCAUAUGAAACUUGAUUAUAAGUGCAUAUGAGUACUUUUGAGCACAUUCAACUGUGAUAACUGUGAUAUGAAAUGUUCAUAUCGUUACAUCCCUAUCACAUUGACUUGUUCUUACAACAUGUUUUCCAAAUGAUUGAUUGAAUCAUAAUAUGAACAAUAAAUCUUAGUAUAUUUGUUCCGCAAUUAUCUCCAGCAAUUCAACUCCUAUUUUGCUGUUGCAAAAGUGCCUCCAGAUGAAAAUAAAUGCUGGAAAACAUGAAUAAUUGCUGUAUCAGCAAUGUAGGAAUUGUUUCUUUGUUAUUGUUGCUCCCACUUCAAUGUAGCAAUAAAACCCAUACUACUCGUAGAAUAUCAAAUAGAAUUUAAGCUACGCUUUUUUGUCAGUACUGUUCAAAGUAGAAAUUAUUUGCAUGCAAUGCUUUUGUUUUUAUUGGAUGUUUCAUGUUAGUUUACCCAUUUUCUUGUUCCCUUCCUUCCUCUCAUCUGAUUAUUUUUCUUAGAAUUAUUAUUCUGCCAAACCAGCUGCUGCAGUUUGGCUGAUGUACAAAAGACUAAAUACUGAUAUAUAUUUUCAUGUUACAAACUAUGGCACCUAGAAGUUAUUUUCAAAUAUGUUUUUCCCAAAUAUAUUUGUGUAUUUCAAUUGGAAAUGUUCUGGAACUAGAAUGGAAGUCAUCAUCAAUAAGAAACACAGGUGUUAUCAUUAUAAAUAACUCAUAUAAUUUGAUGUAUAUUUUUUUCAACAUUAAAGUGCUGCAACACUGCAAAACUCUGGAAAUGAACAAUGUUGAAAUGAUAAUGAGCUUUUGCAACAAUUUAUGAACUUUAUUUAUGUAAUCCUAUGAUAAAUGCUGCAGUAAUUACACUUUAGUUCUAAGUAAGAAUUGAUGAUUGCUCGUCGAGUUUGAAGACAUUCUGGAACCUUUGGCACCAUGUAUGAUAUGGUUUAUGGUAUUAGUUUAUUUAAAACAUGCAUACAGUUACAAUAUGGCACGUCACAUAUUUACAGUUAAUCAAUGCAACAUCUCUGGAAUGGAGUAGUAGUGAUAAGAAGAUCUUAUUUAAUCCUACUCCUUUAACGGUCAUAGCAAUUUAUAUGUCGUUUGUAUGACCUCAAUGUCUAUUUGUAACACAAACAAAUUACAAACCCUGUUUCCAUAUGAGUUGGGAAACUGUGCUCGAUGUAAAUAUAAACGGAAUACGAUGAUUUGCAAAUCAUUUUCAACUCAUAUUCAGUUGAAUAUGCUACAAAGUCAACAUAUUUGAUGUUGAAACUGAUAAACUUUUUUUUUGUUGUAAAUAAUCAUUAACUUUAGAAUUUGAUGCCAGCAGCACGUGACAAAGAAGUUGGGAAAGGUGGCAAUAAAUACUAAUAAAGUUGAGAAAUGCUCAUCAAACACUUAUUUUGGAACAUCCCACGGGUAUGCAGGCUAAUUGGGAACAGGUGGGUGCUAUGAUCGGGUAUUAAAGUAGCUUUCAUGAAAUGCUAAGUAAUUCACAAACAAGGAUGGGGCGAGGGUCACCAAAUUGUAAGCAAAUUGUCGAACAGUUUUAGAACAACAUUUCUCAACGAGCUAUUGCAAUGAAUUUAGGGAUUUUAUCAUCUACGGUCCGUAAAAUCAUCAAAAGGUUCAGAGAAUCUGGAGAAAUCACUGCACGUAAGCGAUGAUAUUGCGAACCUUUGAUCCCUCAAACGGUACCGCAUCAAAAACCGACAUCAGUGUGGAAAGGAUAUCACCGCAUGGGCUCAGGAACACUUCAGAAAACCACUGUCAGUAACUACAGUUAGUUGCUACAUCUGUAAGUGCAAGUUAAAACUCUGCUAUGCAAAGCAAAACCCAUUUAUCAACAACACCCAGGAAUGCCGCUGGCUUCGCUGGGCCCAAGCUCAUCUAAGAUGGACUGAUGCAAAGUGGAAAUGGGUUCUGUGGUCUGACUAGUCUACAUUUCAAAUUAUAUUUGGAAACUGUGGAUGUGGUGUCCUCCGGAACAAAGAGGAAAGUAACCAUCCGGAUUGUUAUAGGCGCAAAGUUCAAAAGCCAGCAUCUGUGAUGGCAUGGGGGUGCAUUAGUGCCCAAGGCAUGGGUAACUUACACACCUGUGAAGGCUAUAUUAAUGCUGAAUGGUCCAUACAGGUUUUGGAGCAACAUAUGUUUUCAUCCAAGCAACGUUAUCAUGGACGCCCCUGCUUAUUUAUGCAAAACAAUGCCAAGCCACGUGUUACAACAGCGUGGCUUCGUAGUAAAAGAGUGCGGGUACUUUCCUGGCCCGCCUGCAGUCCAGACAUGUCUUCCAUCGAAAAUGUGUGGCGCAUUAUGAAGCGUAAAAUACGACAAGACCCCGGACUGUUGAACAACUUAAGCUGUACAUCAAGCAAGAAUGGUAAAGAAUUCCACUUUCAAAGCUUCAACAAAUUGUUUCCUCAGUUCCCAAACAUUUAUUGAGUGUUGUUAAAAGAAAAUGUGAUGUAACACAGUGGUGAAACAUGCCCUUUCCUAACUACUUUGGCACGUGUUGCAGCAAUGAAAUUCUAAGUGAAUUAUUAUUUGCAAAAAAAAAUAAAGUUUGUGAGUUUGAACAUCAAAUAUCUUGUCUUUGUAGUGCAUUCAAAUGAAUAUGGGUUGAAAAGGAUUUGCAAAUCAUUGUAUUCCGUUUAUAUUUACAGCUAACACAAUUUCCCAACUCAUAUGGAAACGGGGUUUGUAGAUACAUGAAUAGUAAAGUUUUCAAACAGCUGAGUAAGUUGUGAUUCACAUAAAGAAAUGGAUAAGAUGAUCUCAUUUGUCAAUAAUGUUCAAUAUGUAUCUGGAUUAUUCUUCAUUGUACGUUGAGUUUGAACAGUUUCGUAAACUGGACCAUAGUAGUAUGUUAUUUAGCUUAUUUGCUUAUUAAUGGGUUCCAUAAUUUUGUUCCACACACUGAUAUACUAAACGUUUGGUAAUCAACCAUUGAAUAUGGUGUUGGUUUUACAACCUGGAUCAAUGUUAGUAUUGUGACAAUUCAGUUUAUUAUAAUACGCCAUGGGUGAGCUAAUGUUGAAAGCCCAACUCCACCUAUCAGCCUGUUUACUAUAUGUAACUAUUUUGUCUCAAGCACAAUUCAACCGUACUUUAAAUACAAUUUCAGCAAUAAAACAAGUAGAAGAGGACAAAAAUCAGAAUACUAGCGACUUACCGUUCUUGACUUUUCUCUGCCUUUUGAGUGCCGGUACAUCUGCAGAAAUGCUUGCGUCCCUGCUGCAAUAUGAAGCUCCACUUCUGUGUUUAUGUUUUAAAUAUUAUUACUAUCCAUAAUGUAGUCAUUGGUGUGAUCUGCUCUAACCCAAAGAGAAGCUGCAAAAUCUCUGUGAAAGCACGGCAUUCACGGAGGCGAAAAAGCUCAAUUACGCACACCACUGGUACUUCAGCUUGAAGUUGUUCACUCCGAGAAGGAACUGCAAAGUCUGCUCCAAAGAGUGGUGAAAACUUGUACAACACGUAAUCCAUCCAUUUUAUACCGGUUGUCCCUCUCAGGGUAGCGGGGGGCCUGGAGCCUAUCUCAGCUGCACUCGGGCAAAAGGCAGAGUACACCAUGGACAAGUCGCCACCUCAUCGCAGACAACACUCACACUCACAGAAUAUUUUUGAGCAGGUUCUGUCUCGGUCAUUGUGCAUAUUUAUUUAAGUUCUGUGUGUAAAUAACAUGAUUCGGGAUAAAUAUGCUACAAAAACACAAUCUGCAAUAAGAAAUUGUUUGCAGUCUUAUGUAGGUCAUGACCGAAAGGAUAAGAUCACGGGUACAAGCGGCCGAAAUGAGUUUCCUCCGCCGUGUGGCGGGGCUCUCCCUUAGAGAUAGGGUGAGAAGCUCUGUCAUCCGGGAGGAACUCAAAGUAAAUCCGCUGCUCCUCCACAUCGAGAGGAGCCAGAUGAGGUGGUUCGGGCAUCUGGUCAGGAUGCCACCCGAACGCCUCCCGAGGGAGGUGUUUAGGUCACGUCCAACCGGUAGGAGGCCACGGGGAAGACCCAGGACACGUUGGGAAGACUAUGUCUCCCGGCUGGCCUGGGAACGCCUCGGGAUCCCCCGGGAAGAGCUAGACGAAGUGGCUGGGGAGAGGGAAGUCUGGGCUUCCCUGCUUAGGCUGCUGCCCCCGCGACCCGACCUCGGAUAAGCGGAAGAAGAUGGAUGGAUGGAUGUAGGUGAUGUAUGCAGACUAAUUAAAGCUGCCCACAGUUUGGAACCAAAAGUGAGUGUUCCAAAAUGUGCUGAAUCUCGUUACAAAAUAAUCCUAAAAUAAUUAACGUGUCUAUUUGGCGAGAAUUUUACUUAUAGACAUCUGUUUUAGUUUCAGGGCUAUGAAAUACUGUAGGCGCCAAUGUUGUCAGCAUUAGAGGAAACAGGCUAAGACACAUCAACGUUGAAAAAGCUUUUGAUAGGAUGGAGUGUGGGUAUUUGUUAGCAAGUCUUGGAAGGUUUGGAUCUAGUCAGUCUUACUUCAUGGAUGAAACGCCUAUCAACCUCACUAAAAGUCUCAGUAAUUAUGAACAGCAGGAACAAAUACUUUAUAACAAGAUCAUUAUCUUGAAAAACAAUGUCAUCAUCUCCAAACAUCAUUUUGAUUGAUGGAAUAAGAAAAGUUUCCAAAAUGCACAAAACUUGUGCAUUUAUUGAAGAUGUAAGUACAGCCAUCUCUCCAGAGCUUUUACCUGACAUGCAACCCCAUAUUGUCAAUGACUGUGGAAAUGUGCAUGUUUUCUUCAGGCAGUCCUCAAAAAUCUCAUUGGACUGACACAAAACAAAAGUUCCAGAAUCAUUACCAUGCACAAUGCAGAUGUGGGAUCACUGAAUAUGACUUUCAUCCUGUCAUCCAUAGCCCACGAUUGCUUUUCUUAGCUCAUUGGAACCUGUUUUUUUUCUUUCUGUCGAGUUGUUAAUGACAGCUUUCCUUUAGCUUUUCCACAUUAAAGCUUAUUUCCUUUAGGCAGUUUCUUACAGUUAUUUUACAAAUGGUGACAUUUUUACAUUUUCUGUUUUCAAAACAUAUAUUGUUUUAAGUUUUCUGUCUAGACGUUUUGAUGUUUUCCCUUCCUAUGUUUGUGGUAAAUGGUCCAGACUUUAGACAAUAGUUGACUACGAGCAAUGAAAAUAUUUUGCAACAUUGCAUUCUUGAACAAGUUUGAUGAUAAUGUUCUCUCGUGUUGGAACCUUAGAUUCAUGUCAAUCCACCUGGUGCAACAGCUCUCCAAAGUGUCAACACUCAUUUUUUAAGUGCAGACUAAUAAACAGAUUUAAUCUGAUGAAAGUUUAAGAUUUGAAAAUGAACAUUUACAACAUUUACAAGGUGAUUCCAUAUUUUUCCCCCCAGUAAUGACUUAUUCCACAUGUUUCAUUCUAUUUGAUCUGAAAAUGAAACUCUUAUUGACUACCACAAUUUAAAAUAUUGAUUUAUUUUGGUGUCUCCUAAAGCCAGAACAUUGCCAUUUGAAAUGACUAUAGUUUUGUGUCAUGUCUGUUAUGUUUUUUCUAAAAGAAUAAACAACUGUAUGAACAA